AUUUUAGGAGUUCUCAGGAUUUUAGAACAUUUCUAGGAUUUUAAGCCAUUUUAGGAUUUGAGGACAUUAGAGGACAUUUUGAAGACCGCAGGAUAUUACUCGGAUUUUGGACAUUUCUUGGAUUUGAGGAUGUUUUGAAAAACAUUUCUAGGAUUUUGGGAAAGUUCUAAGAUUUUAGGACGUUUUCAGGAAUUUAGGGUUUUUGUAGGAUUUCAUAACAUUUCUGAGAUUUUAGGACAUCAGGUUCUUGGCUGGUACUUCUGUCAGGAGGGUCCUCCUCUGUCCCUCUGUCCUGGUGUCUCAGCGUCUCAGAGUGUCUCUGCUGUGUUUCUGCUCUGAAGCUUAAAUUUGCUGUUUUUUGAAUGGAGUUUGCUUCACACUCUGUUGACCUUUGACCUCUGCUGUCUGUGGGAGGGGGCGGGUCCAGAGAGUGGAGUGGUCUCCAUAACAGCCAAUGGGGGGCUGGGGGCGGGGCUUAGAACAUGCUCAGCCAGUAGAGACAGGCAGAGGCGUGGCCUGAGACAUCAGUCCACGUGUACUCCUUGUGAGUCUGAGUCUUCCUGCAGAGCCGGAUCUGUCCUCUCUGACUGCAGAUGGACUCUGUGGUGUCCCCCGGUCUCUCUCUGGUCUCGAUCCUCUCUCUGUUAGCAUGUAGCGUCCAGCUGUUAGCCGCCGUCCUGCUGACACGCAGGUAUGGUGGGCGGAGCUCUGCGGAGGACAGGUGGGUCCUGAUGUGGCUCUUCUAUGAUGUCAUCGUCCACCUGACACUGGAGGGUCCAUUUGUCUACAUGUCCCUGGUGGGGACGGUGGAGACGUCUGAAGGUCCUCUGGCUGAACUCUGGAAGGAGUACGGUAAAGCCGACCGCCGCUGGCUGAUUUCGGACCCGACCAUCGUCUCCGUGGAGAUCCUGACGGUCGUCCUGGACUCUCUGCUCGCUCUGCUGUUGAUACACGCAGUACUGCAGGACAAGUACUACAGACAUGUCCUGCAGGUGUCUCUGAGCGUGUGCGAGCUGUACGGCUGCUGGAUGACCUUCUGUCCUGAUUGGCUGGUGGGCAGUCCUCACCUGGACACGUCCUCCCGGCUCCACCUCUGGGUCUACCUGGUGUUCUUUAACGGGGUCUGGGUCCUGGUCCCGGCUCUGCUGCUGGUCCAGUCCUGGUUCUCUCUGAGGAUGCUGCACGCGCUCCGAGCGGACGGCGUCGGCAGACACAAGAAAAAGAAUGCGUAGAGAGGACGGACGUUUUCAGAAUUCAGUUUUUAAUAAAAAUACUUCACGAACCAAAAUAUCUCCUCCAAACCAAACCUCAGUCCAAAAACCUGCAGCUUUACCUUCAGUAAGACCUUUUAUACUUCUGUCGACUUCUUAUCAAAGCUGAAACUGAGCAACUGAUCGUAAAAAAGGUUCAUUAAUACGAGCCGUUAAUGAUCCUUCAGCCUCAUUAAAGACUGAUCAUCAAUCAAUAAUCUUCAUUUCAUCACAACUGUUCACACCAAACAGCUUUUUAACUUUCAGUGUUACUGUCACUUUAAAUCAUCAAAGUCUGAACGUUUCCCUCACAGCCUCUCCUUCUGUGCCCUCCUCUCUGCUCCUGCUCCUCUCUGCUCCUCCUGCUCCUCU